UUUCAGUCUUCCGUCUCCUCUACUCAUUGCCUCAUCGAUAUCCCAUCAUCAAAAUGGCUGAUCCAUUCGAGGUCCGAAUGCGUUUUACGACGCAGCUGCAGCAUCUUAGCGCAUCAGUCACUUCGUCCCAGAAGGCUGCCCAUUAUGCGCUCAAGUACCGUGACAUGGACGAAGAUCUCCAUUCAUGCAUCCUGGAACAGCUUGAAAGGAAUAACAUGAACAACCGAGCAAACAUCAUGUAUUUCAUCGAGCAGCUUUGCGACAUGGCCACAAAGGAAAACCACCUCGACUACGUCCGGAUGAUACAGAGGGAUAUUCUCCGUGUAGUGGAUGCCGUUGUACCAGCGGAUGGAUCAGGUGCGGCGAAUGUGAAGCAUGUCCGUCGGGUACUCCAGGGUCUACAGAGCAAAUCUGUCCUUUCCGCAGAGACUGUGACAGAAAUCGACGGCAGCCUCAAGGAGCGGGAAACGCAUCCCGCACACCUUGACCUCGAACCAGUCGAAGGGGCAGAACCGGGAAGCAAAUCAAGAGGGACGCCUCGAGGGUCCAAGACCAACGGCACACUCCGUGUCGAUAAGCGCCAAAUCGAACAGCGGAUCGAAGAGGAUAGAGAACGGAAUAAGCGUCUGAGGGAGAACAUGUGGGCAGUGAGCGGGGAUGAUGGAGAAGAGAAUGGGAAGUUCUGGGAUGACGCGAGUGAUACGGGCGAAGAUGACUUCCUGGGUGCUGAGGAAGAACUCGUCGAGAGGAGGCAAAUGGUGGCUGCACAAUGAGACGAUCUUAAUUCGUCCUCUCAUCUACCUUCGGUUUCUUUUAUUUGGUUAUCCCGUGUCGCUAUACAUUUGGAUGGAGCAUACUACGGAGUUUAUGGCUGAGAUACGUACUGGAUUCGUGUCUCGCUGGUCGGUGUUUUGUGGAGUUGGGUGAUUGUCGUGAUACCAUGAAUCAUACAUCUUACAGUUCUUUACGUUAUCUGUUACCUCACGAUCAACUAAGAACCACUUUUGAAGAUAGUUUUUUUUUGUGACUAAAUCGAUCUCAUAUCUGGUUGGUUAAUUGACAGUGUUUAACUGUCUAUUUUGCGGGGCUCAACUCCAUGUAAAACACCAUCUCAUACUAAAUCUGCAUAUAGAUCAAAUCGAAAGACAAUGCAACUAUAUAAUUAUCCAG